AUGGCUCUUCCUGGUUACUGUAACCAUUCAUUCAACCUCCUCAAAUCCGAAUCAACGCUCAUUCAAUGGGUCUGUUCCAUGUGCCACUCUGGCCCUCAUUGGUAUAUCUUUGAGUGCAAGUAUUGCAAGUUAAAGACUUGUCGGCCCUGUACAAAUAAGUUUAGCAGCAGGGUCUUAUUUUUUCGCCGAGGAAAGAGAUUUGGUGGUGGGUGGUUGAUUUUGAUCGGCGCGGUGGAAGAAAGGUCAUAAGGGAGAUAGAAGAGGGGGCAUCUAUUGGUUCUUCAACGGAGAUCGAAUCCCAUUAAGGACGCGGGGGAAAACGAUGUAUUAUAGCGGAGUAUUUCUACAUUUUAUUUGAUUUAC